AAGGCAGUUGGACAAUCAUUUCUCACAAGUAGGGUUUACUAGUGGAAAAAAAAAACCCAAUUCUCACAAGUAAAGAAUUAAAAUAACAAUAUAGUAAGGGGAUGUAACAAGGCUUUGGUGCUAUAAAUAUAUACACUAGGGUUAGGGCUUGGUCCUGAGCUCAGACUAAAAGCUCUGCCUCUCUUUCUAUAUAUUAUUUUACAAGGGUUUAGUGGUGAAGAAGGUUUUAGAGAACAAUUUGGGGUUCGCGAAAUGAGGAAGCGACAGGUAGUUGUGAGAAGGGAGGAGCCAACAAGAAACACCACCAAUUCAUCAUUGACAAUUAGAAGUGUGAGAUAUGGGGAGUGCCAAAAGAAUCAUGCCGCCUCCGUUGGAGGUUAUGCUGUUGAUGGGUGCAGGGAAUUCAUGGCCAGUGGAGAAGAAGGAACAACUGCAGCCCUUACAUGCGCUGCUUGUGGCUGCCACAGGAAUUUCCACAGAAGGGAAGUUGAAACUGAGGUAGUUUGCGAGUGCUCUUCACCUCCUUCUUCCAACGGAGCUUAAAUAUAUAGUUUUAUUAAAUUAAUUACUGCUCAUGUUUAUAUAAAUGGAAGGUUUCAAUUAUGUAAUCAUGUAUGUGUUUGCUUUGAUAUGUUGGUAACUGUUUUGAGUUUUUGCGGAGACAUGAUCAUCAGUCAUGGAAAAACCUAUCCCCUAUCAAUAAUUUGUGUUGUGUUUCUUGAAGGUAUGGUUUUUUUCUUAGCUUGUUUUCUAUAUUAUGAAGAGAUCAAAAGAAUUUGUGUCAUGUUGUUGAUGAAGGAAUUAAUGGUUUUUUUUUUCUGUUGAUUACACCAUAAUGGAGUGAUGGCCCAUGGUUGACCUAGCUUGGCAAUUUCAGUUUCUCUAGCUUGAUUCCUUGAUAGGGAGAAUAAAAUUUGCUUAAAGGUGGGAAAAAGGUGAUGAUUUUGACUAACUCCGUUAGGAAUAUAUAUGUUUAGCAAUUAACUUUGCUGCUGUUUCUGCAGUUCCAUGAUCUGCUUAAAAUUAUUGUAGUUGUAUGAGGUGUUAUGUGACUUUGCAUGCCUUUUGGAUGAUUAAAUUUAUGAUUCUUGUUCAAAUUAGUAUAUGGUAAUUAGAAAGCAAUUAAGGAAACAUUCUUCUUUCACUUAAGCAUGAUUUAUGAACAGCACCAUCAACCAGUGGUAACAAAUUGGUAAAAGUAAAUUAUAUACUAGCUGCUAGCUCUGAAUUUGUAUAAUUGAAAUUGUAGCUUUGUAAUUUGUUUUUGAGUUGUAAAUUUGCUUCAUCUCCUUUGGAAUUAAAUUCCAAAUUUUCAUGGUGCUUUCACUUGUUUGAGUUGUGUAUAUGUCAUGAUUGAAACCUGCAUAAGGGGUUAUCACGCAUCUCUUAGAUGAUAUAUAUUGAUGCCAGUAAGCUUUUUCACCAAACCAUUAGCAACAUUAUCUUCUUUCUUUAAAACAAAAAAGUAGGCAAGUUUUUAAAAAUUAAUAAAUAAAAAAGAGGAUACAACAACAACAACUUAGAAUAGCAAACAAUAAGCCAUUAGGCCAUACCAAAAGAAAACCAAAAAGAGUCGAUUAAGAUGCCACAACUCAAAGGAAGAACAUACGUCUGAUUAAACAAUAAUCUAUGAAAUUUUUACAAGCAACAUUAUCUUGUGAUGCUCAGGGCAAAAAUCCAAGGAAUAUUUCCUAAAUGUGGAAGUCUAAUCUGUAUGGUAAUUAGAUCACUUUGUAUUUAAGUUCACAGGCCCACAUAUCUAAUCACUAAUGGAAUAUUUCCUAAAGUGUUCUAAUCUGCUGGUUGUUAUGAUGGGAAAUUGUCUUAGUGAUGUACUUAAAAUCCAAUUGUAAAGCUUAAACUAACCACUUGGGGUUGAAAUAAAGGUUGGCCUUAGAGUAAAAAUCUUCGAACGGUAACAUCCCUGUUUUCUUGUAUACCAUAAUAUUUUUUU